AGUGCGUACAGUCUAUAACCAUGAUAACAAAAAUCCUGGAUACUCAACCUCUCGAAUUCAAAUCCCGAAAAACAAAUACCCGAAAUGCUAAAAUUGUACGUGCCGGUGCGCGUUAUUUCGAGACUACAUAUGCUAUUUUUAGAGGCAUAUGA